AUGUACAGAAUAGGAUUGCCAAAUCCAAACAAGCCGCAAGUUGUCAAAGUUGUGUUUGAAGAUUUCGACAGCGAGCUGACAGAAACGUUAGGCUUGGAGCAACAAUUUACAAUUGAGAUUUCUGAAAAAGUUGCCGAGUCAUUUGUUCAUGAUUUAACUUUUGCACAUUUGUCAUCAGUCACUGAUGUCAGACUAAGUUGUAUGGGCAAGGUUUCAGUAAACAAGAAGGAUUAA